GGGCGGAGCCGUUUGGGGGCGGGGCGGGCCCUGCGGCGGCCAAUCGGCGGCGCCCGCCCUGUUGUUCCGCCCCGCCCAGCCUGCCGUCGGUCCCCGGGGGCCUGGUCCGGCGGACGCGCGGUAGCGGCGGCGGCGGAGGCGGCGACGCCGGCUGGGAGAGCUGUUAUUAGAAAGGAGAAACAUGGAAAGUGGUGCAGUUCUGUUGGAAUCCAAAUCCUCACCGUUCAACCUUCUGCAUGAAAUGCAUCAACUACGCCUUCUUGGUCACCUGUGUGAUGUGACUGUCAGUGUGGAGUACCAGGGCGUCAGAGAAGAGUUCAUGGCUCAUAAGGCGGUGCUGGCAGCCACCAGCAAGUUCUUUAAGGAGAUGUUCCUUAAUGAGAAGACUGUGGAUGGUACGAGGACUAACGUCUACUUAAAUGAAGUGCAAGUUGUUGACUUUGCCUCAUUUUUGGAGUUUGUGUACACUGCAAAGGUACAGGUGGAAGAAGAUCGGGUGCAGCGAAUGCUGGAAAUGGCUGAGAAACUAAAAUGUCUGGACUUAUCGGAGACUUGUUUUCAGUUGAAGAAACAGAUGUUAGAGUCUGUACUUCUGGAGUUGCAGAACUUCUCUGAGUCGCAGGAGGCAGAAGGGAGCAGUGACUCCCAAGCAGCUGUUGCUCCUGACCCCAGGGCAAGUCCCCCCAGGGACAGUCCUCUCCCUAAUGGCCUCGGGGAUUCCUCAGAUCCCCUAGUGGAGACAAUCAGCAAUUGCCUGUUGCCAGAUAUCCCCCCGAGGAAGUCCAAGGAGAAACCAGACAAGAAAAAAGAUGCAGUCAAGCCUCCCUACCCGAAGAUCAGAAGGGCCAGUGGAAGGCUGGCUGGAAGAAAGGUGUUUGUGGAAAUCCCUAAAAAGAAAUACACAAGAAGGCUGCGGGAACAGCAGAAAAGUGCCGAGGACGACAUGGGGGAUUACCGCAGCCCCCAGGACCCCAACCUAGAGGCCCCGGGAGCAGAGAUGGAGCCCAUCACGAAGCAUGAGGAGUGCGGCGUGGGGGUGGAGGUGGCACAGGUGCUGCCAAAAGCAGGCAGCAGGGGGGAUGCAGGCCACGGGGAGGACGAUGACGACGACGACGAGGAGGGCGAGAAGAGGAAGAGCAACUUUAAGUGCACUGUCUGUGAAAAGGCCUUUCUGUAUGAGAAGAGCUUCCUGAAGCACAUCCGGCACCACCACGGGGUGGCCACCGAGGUGGUACAUCGCUGCGACACGUGCAGCCAGACCUUUGCCAACCGCUGCAACCUCAAGAGCCACCAGCGCCAUGUGCACAGCAGUGAGCGCCACUUCCCGUGUGAGCUGUGCGGCAAGAAGUUCAAGAGGAAGAAGGACGUCAAGCGGCACGUGGUGCAGGUGCACGAGGGCGGUGGCGAGCGGCACCAGUGCCAGCAGUGCGGCAAGGGCCUGAGCUCCAAGACAGCGCUGCGGCUGCACGAGCGGACGCACACGGGCCACAAGCCGUAUGGCUGCACCGAGUGCGAGGCCAAGUUCUCGCAGCCCUCGGCGCUGAAGACCCACAUGAGAAUUCAUACAGGGGAAAAACCUUUUGUCUGUGAUGAAUGUGGUGCAAGAUUCACUCAGAACCACAUGCUGAUUUAUCAUAAAAGGUGUCACACAGGUGAAAGACCUUUUAUGUGUGAAACAUGUGGCAAGAGUUUUGCUUCUAAGGAGUAUUUAAAACAUCACAAUAGAAUCCAUACUGGAUCCAAACCCUUUAAAUGUGAAGUUUGUUUCAGGACUUUUGCCCAGCGGAAUUCACUCUACCAGCAUAUUAAAGUCCAUACAGGGGAACGUCCUUAUUGCUGUGACCAGUGUGGGAAGCAGUUCACUCAGCUCAAUGCUCUCCAGCGUCACCAUCGCAUCCACACGGGGGAGAAGCCAUUCAUGUGUAACGCGUGCGGGCGGACAUUCACCGACAAGUCCACUCUCCGGCGACAUACCUCGAUACAUGAUAAGAAUACUCCAUGGAAGUCUUUCCUUGUUAUUGUAGAUGGCUCACCCAAGAAUGAUGACGCACACAAGACUGAGCAGCCAGAUGAAGAAUAUACGCCAUCCAAACUUUCGGAUAAAUUGCUGUCUUUUGCAGAAAAUGGCCAUUUUCACAACCUAGCCACAGUCCAAGGCAGCGUACCCACGGUGCACGAGAACAGUUCUGCAGACACGGCCUGCAAGUCGGACGAUUGCGUGGUGUCUCAGGACACGCUGCUGGCCACCACCAUCAGUGAGCUUAGCGAGCUGACCCCACAGACAGACCCAAUGCCCACACAGCUUCACUCGCUGACCAGCAUGGAAUGAGAGCUUAGUUACCUGCCAAGCAGAUCCUACGCUGCGUCUCCCGUGCGUUUGAUUGUUGUAUGCAGGCUACCAGUAGUCAGGGGCUAAGACAAAGAACUGUCUGGGGGCAGAGUGGGCAAGAAUACCUUCUGCACAUUUUCCUGAAUCUCUGCUAACUUGCACGUCUUUAUCAAAGCAUUUUUAGAGCCUCCCCUUAAAAAUCCCAGUCUGCAUGAUCUCAGCUAUGCUUGAUUGACAAACAAGGCAGUUAACAUGACCUCACUGGAUCCUGGUGCAGGUUGUAUGCAUAACACUUGUCUUGAUGUGUAGGAAGUUUGGACAGCCACAUAACUGUAGAAUACAGAGCCCUGGCCCAGCUCAUGAAGUUACUGUUAGUGAUCUCCCUGGUCUCUCAGCCUGCCUUACCCUUCUGUGUGGGUUUCGUUCCCUGAUCAUUUUAAGCUAUUUUUCUACCAACUUGAAAUAAAACUGGGACCAUGUAUUUUCAGCUCUUUCCUUUUGCACUGAAGCAAGUCCGGUUUGCUCUGGGGACCCUUGAGUUGGACUGAAGAAAUGGAUGGUUGCAUUCAUUCCCCUCCACCUCCUGUCUGUAGGCACUAAAAAAGGAAUGAUAAAUUGAACACUUGAAAAAUGGCUUCAUAUAAUCUGUACUUACAGCAUAUUUGCAGCUAGGAAGUUGGCCAUAGAAUAACUGCUGAAAUGAAGUGUGGCUGUUGGGUUUCAUUCCUAAAGUCUUAUGAGGUAAAAGCUGUCCUACCAAAGAUUCUAGCAGCAAAUGGUGUUGUAGUUUUUGCAGAGGUGUGAAAAGUGAAGAGGCUUUAGAACACUUGAAACACUGUCCUUUUAUUUACAAGUAGCAAUGAGGUGACCUGGCAAAUCUUAGAACAGAGUGUUAGUAUUUUUGGCUAGGUUUUCCUGAUUUACUCUGUGAUUUUCAGAAACCCAGAAUUUCUCAUUUACAUAUCAAGAGCUUGAAACAGGCAAGUAAUUCCCACACGUUUGUUUACUUGGGAACAUGUGAGCAUAUAAGCAGAAAGGACCAAAAGCCUUGGAACUUGUCUUUGAUUAUGCCUUAAGAGUGGAUUGCGAAGAACCAGGAACUUUAUCUUCAGUGUUCCCGUGGCUGGCUCAUGCUGGCCUUCUGCUUAAAAUGAAUUUGCAGUGAAGUUAAUUCUGCUGUUUUUGCUAAGCCUGAUUCCUGGUUCCUGUGGCUUGGAUGUGUUGCCGCAUGCUAAGUGCUUUGACUCACAUGUAACCCUAAACAUGAUAAUUUAAAGAAGAAUUCUUUUGUUCACUAGUUGCUCUUUUUCUUACAUUUUAAUUUAUUAAACUUGAUGUGAAAACAUGUUCAUUUUCUAAGAGAAAGGUACUUUAUCCUACGUUCCAGGAUGAAGGCACAGCUGCACUAUGCCAGAAACUAAUGUGGGAAGACUCCCUAAAUGCUUAUUUUGUUCUAACUGGUAACAUGUUAAUAAAAAGCCACUCUAAGAUGUUUUAGGUGCUGAUAACAUGUUUCACACUUGCUCUUGAAGAUGGCAGAACUGAAUUUUCAAUGAUGAUAGCAUAUCCUGGUUGUAUUUACAGAACAAUAAAACUGUCUCACAACCAUUUUACUUUUGGUAAGAGAAUGAGCCUGCCCAGCUGAUGUACUGUUUCAUGGAAUAAAGUCGUCUUAAUGAGAAGGAAUUUAAAUAAUAGAUUAUUUUGUUACCUACUGGAAGAAUUUUUGUCUUGAAUUUGUUUCUCUAGAAAUUCUACAAAAAAUCAUUUGUGUUAAUAAAUGUUUGCUUUCUAAAAA